UGUCUCUCUGUGACGUGAAAAGUGCAUAAAAUAAAUACUUUUCCAUCUAGUUUAAGUAAAAUUUAUUGCAAAACAAAACAUGUCAUUUGCGGAAAAAAUCACGGGGCUGUUGGCGCGUCCAAAUCAACAGGAUCCCGUGGGCGGACCGGAGCAGCCUUGGUAUCUCAAAUAUGGCAGUCGAUUGCUGGGCAUUGUGGCCGCCUUUUUUGCCAUUCUUUUUGGGCUCUGGAAUGUGCUCUCAAUUAUCACACUCAGUGUCUCCUGCCUGGUGGCGGGCAUUAUCCAGAUGAUAGCCGGCUUUAUAGUCAUGGUUCUGGAGGCGCCCUGCUGCUUUGUGUGCAUCGAGCAGGUGAACGGCAUUGCGGAUAAGGUGGAUGCCAAGCCCAUGUACUUCCGGGCCGGGCUAUACUGCGCCUUGGCCGUUCCGCCAAUCUUCAUGUGCUUCGGUCUGGCCAGCUUAUUCGGCAGUGGCCUCAUCUUUGCAACCGGCGCCGUUUAUGCCAUGAUGGCGUUAGGCAAGAAAGCUUCGCGCGAGGACAUGGCCGCUGCCGCCACAUCGCCCACACAGAUGGCCGGCGGUCAGGUGGGAGGUCAAAUGCAAAUGGGCGGCGAUCAGCAUAUCACACUCAUGGAAGAUCCCGAUGUCUGGCGUCCCACAUAAAUGCCUAAUUGCGAUAUUAGUAACUGCCAAACCACACUCUACGACACUCCAAAAGACAUACCAGCCACACACACACAUCCACAGCCACACCCACACCCAUACAGUCCAGUCCAUUCCACUAGAAGCAAAGAAAAAGCUACAAGAAAUUGAUUGGGAAGCAGAUCAUAGCGGAUAUCAUAGCGGAGCAAGAGCAGCGUUACCGAGGGCAUCUGAGAAUAUAGAAGAAUACAGAAGAACACCCCACCAAAAUACAAAAGAAAUGAAACGAAAUUCUCAUAUGUAAUUGUUGUUGAAACAAACGUUUGUUAAUAACCAAAGUGUUUUUUGGGGCAAAUGCAUUUUCGUCAUUUUGGCCCCAUUGUCUUUGUCCCCUUUGUGCAUGUAAUUCGUAUUCCAUUUUUAAAUGUCUUUCGUCGAACGGUUGGUGUUGUUAAAAACUACAGUUAAAUAUAUUAUACAUAUAGUACAUAGAGAAAAUACUGAAGGGAAUACAUUGAUACUUACAUA